AUGUCAUCUACUUCCCAAGUGGAAGAAAGUUCAAGCACUGAUAGCAGGUGGGAUACCUGCGGCCAGGCGGACGCUCUGGACCUCAGCACUCGCAGGCUUACAACUCCAGUGAAGUGUGUCCCUGAAUGUGAGAAACAGGACCGGAGUUGCCAGGCUGUGCCUACCAUGCACAGUGUCUCCGUUCAGUGGGAAGACCCAUGUAUCAGUGUGCUAGAAGAUCACUCAUAUGCUGCAACACUACAUGCAACAACCACGUCAUCAGAGACACAAACUAUGCCCAGGCCCUUAUCUGAAGGCAUGUCACAAUCUGCAUGCAGUUUUUACACUGGACUUUCCCUGGAUGCCUUUCACAAGCUUGUGACGACAGUGUCUCUUUCCGCGCAUAUUAGUGGUAGCCUUGGCAUUGCUGACCAAGUCCUUUUGGCCCUAAUGCGCCUCCGGCUAGGGCUCUUGUAUUUCGACCUGGCUCUUCGAUUCGGCGUAUCAGUCACACAAGCAGGGAAAGUGUUUCGUGGAAUGCUCCUGACCUUGCAUGGCAUUAUGAGGAAUGUGGUAGUGUGGUUGCCACUUGAAACUAUUUUCGCGACAAUGCCAGCCCAGUUCAGCACAAGUGGAUAUGCUAACACGACUUGCAUAAUAGACUGCACUGAAGUUCAAAUGCAACGUCCAAAAAGGCUUUAUGCAAGAGGACAGAGUUAUAGCCACUACAAAGGAUGCAACACCGUCAAGUUUCUGGUGGCAGUAGCCCCAAGUGGUUUUAUUAUGUUUGUGUCAAAUGCCUACGGAGGACGUGCUUCAGAUAAGUUUAUUGUUGAAGACUCUGGAUUUGCGGACUACCUCAGUGAAAACCAAGAAGUCAUGGCAGACAGGGGGUUUGGACUUAGCAACACAAUGAAGGAAAAAGGAAUUCGGCUGAACGUGCCAGCAUUUUCAAAAGGCAGGCAUCAGUUUCCAGAAGUGGAAGCAACUGUAUCACGAAGGAUUUCGCACCUGAGGAUUCACGUGGAACGUGCUAUUAACAGGAUGAAGACAUAUCGUAUCUUGAAGAGCUCGCUUCCAAUUCACCACAAAAAGCUGAUGAACAGUAUAAUAUUAGUGUGCGCAGGCCUGUGCAAUUUAAAGGGAGCACUCAUUGCACCUCAGAAGGAUGACUCUGUUCCUGCACAGUGA